AUGUCUGGGACGUGGACGUGGAUCGUUGACGGCGUCUCGAGUGUGUUGCUCGUUUGUUUGGGGAGGAACGAUGACAUUCCCGGGGAACAUGGGGGGCAUUACGACACCGUCCCAGGCAUGUCGGUUGUGCACGACGCGUACGCGUACACCUGCGAAACAAUCCACAGCGCCGAGCCACGUUCCGCGGUCGUUCACAUUCGAGCGACCAGAGGGCGGACGGGGGACAAUCCGAGCCCCGUGCCGAUGCACACGCAGACCUUCCAAGCGCAUUAUCCUGGACUCGGAGCUGAACCGGCUAACGGCGCGGCCCCCGGCGCUCCCGCAGGCUCGCGGAUCUCACUCACGCGCGGCAUCCGCCCGCCACGACCGAGAGCCGAGGCACGCCUCCGUCCACAGCGCCACGCCGCCCACGCCGCCCACAUGCGACUGGAUUCAAAAGACCAUACACAACCUAAACGCACGACCUAA